GGCAUCACUUUCGAAAAUUCUGUGUUCCGCGAAGGUUUUGUUUACAUUUUUACUGUGGCUGGCCGGCUACUUUAUUAAGUUUUUAUUAGUUUUAGCCAUAAUUAUGUUUACUGCAGUCCUAAAACCUGGAUCAUUUAAACAUAUAACUUGCCGCAACUCAAUUUAUCCCAAGAGUAGCAUUACUCGUUUCCCCGUAUCCGAUGAGUUUGUGUAUUGGUCCGAGGAUUUUCCAUCGUAUACACCUUAUGAUUACACUGCCCCACAUAUAAAUGGCCAAGUGUGGGCAGAUCCAGAUAUCAACGAUAGCACAUUUCAACCUACAUGGAAUAGUCUAGAUGGUAAGAUAAAUCGUGUCUCGUUCAAUGGGGAGUAUAAAGUGGUGGAUGGAGUGCCGAGGAAUCCAAUCGGACGGACUGGUAUUAAAGGUCGGGGACUAUUGGGUCGAUGGGGGCCGAAUCAUGCAGCAGAUCCUGUGGUGACACGUUGGCGAAGGGAUUCUCUGGGUAAUGCAUUGAUCAAUGGUGAAAAACGAAUUCUUCAGAUGGUUGCCAUUCAAAGACACGACAAUCAAAUGUGGGCCAUUCCAGGUGGAAUGGUUGAUCCAGGCGAAAGAGUUAGUGCCACACUCAAGAGAGAAUUCAUGGAGGAAGCUCUAGAUAGUUUUGAUAACAAGAGAAUGAUUGAUGAAUUCUUUGCCGAAGGCAUUGAAAUCUACAAAGGAUAUGUUGAUGAUUUUCGAAAUACCGAUAACGCUUGGAUGGAAACUGUUGCUUAUAGUUUUCAUGAUGGAACUGGCAAACAAGUGGGUAAACUUCAGCUGUCCGCCGGUGAUGAUGCCGCAAAUGUUAAAUGGAUGGACGUUAGCAGAGAUCUUAAGUUACAUGCAAAUCAUUUAGAUAUUGUUAAGCAAGUUGUUACUAGAUUAAAUGCUCACUGGUAGUAGAAAUAAAUAAAAAUGAUAAAUAACUUUUCUAA